AUGAAUCUUAGUAUCAUCACGGAAGGAAGCAGCCACAAGAAAUGCUACGAGUGCCGAGACAUGUUGGAGAAGCACGAAGAAGUGAAGGAAGCCGUAGCUUUUGAGUGCUCCAAUUUGAAGAGAAGCCAGCUCAACACCGAGCGACUCAAGAAUAUGACCAAGGACGACCCUAAGACUAAGAAGGCCGAAGAUAGGCCAGAGACUCCAGCAAGCAGCAAGAGGAAGAGUGGAGCCUCAUCUGGCCCACCCACUCCGGGCGGUUUAAUAUUGAACAGGCUCAGUGCCCUUCUGACUCCAGCUCCACUGGAGACACAAACCCAUCAGCCAAAGAAUCGCUUCGAGGGGCACCAUGCCUACCGUCGUUCGAGAAGUGGUACAAAUACCAGUCUCCAGAGCGGUAACCGUCGCGACUCAGUACAAAGCGGUCAUGCCAGCGACGAGCGUGCGAAAGGGCAUAGGCGCAACAGCAUCGCUACCAUGAGCUCUGGAUCCACAAGGGCAAGCCGUCCAGCGCCAGCACCCGCCAUCCCUGAAGAUGACCCAGCUCCGCCGGAGGAUCCUGCACCUCCAGCUGGCGGAGUGGAUGAAGAGCAUGGUCCCGCCGAUGAUCCUGAACCGGUCGAAGAGGCGGGCAGGGCAAGACCUCCUUAUCCUGUCGACGGGACAGAGCGGCGUCUAAAGAAGCCCAUACCACCGAAGUAG